AUGGGAGUUGGAGUCAGAAUGGAUUCAGUACUUCCUGCUUUGACAAGGAAGACCAAGAGACUUCGGCUGUUGACUAAAAAGUUGUUCCCCUGCCAAACCGUUGCGCCUCGAAGAGACAGAAGUGAACACAGAGACAGAAUGUCUUUAAUGGAGCGUGGGGGCGUCCGGCCAAUUACGGCAGUGGCGUGGACCUCCAACACCAGCACCUGCCCCAAAGAUUUCAACCUGAUCAGCAUCACAGAAGAUGGAGCAUCAGCAAACUUUACACGCAGCUUUGGGAUGAAGUCUGGAUAUUACCUCUGUUACAGCAAGGACUUAGCAGGUGGUAUGGUAGUGUCAGACAUUCAGCUUAUUUCAGACAAGGAAUCUAUUCCUCAUGGUUAUUGCUUUAUAGCAGAGCACCUUGAGCCAAAGGCCACUGUUUCGAAGAAGAAGCGUGUGUGUGUGCGCGUCGUCCCAGUGGGCAGUGUGGACACAGCUGUGUUGGAUAUUAAGCUGACAGCCAAAAGCAAAAUGAUGUUGCAGCACCACACAUACGUGGGAGACAUCCAUGGCUAUGUGUUAUGGUGCAGAAAGGGCUAUUUUUCUAGUCCCGUUCCUCAAGCUAAGCCCCGCAGCGUCAGCCUGGACCUCCGUGGACUCUCAUUGGAGCAGCCGUCUGGUCCUCUGCCCCUCAGACCCAGCAACCCUCCUCCUACACUGCCACAUAAACUGAGCCAGAGACGCUGCAGCCUCCACACCAAGGACAACUUGGACAAACCUGCUGACAGCAGUUUCCAGGGAAUCACAGCUUUGGAUGGAGUUCCCUUUAGCCUUCACCCAAAGUUUGAUAUCCAGACUCUUCAACCGAACCCUCAGCUAAACAACAUUCGCAUCAAGUCUCUCCAAGACAUUGAAAAUGAGUAUAACUAUCCUUUUGUUGUGGAGGAAUCUGCUGCCAAAAGGACCAGACCAUCGGUGCCAACAGGUGGCGCUCAAUCAGCUCAGUGAUCUCUGACAAAGCAACAAUAUCAGCAUCUUACCAUGACAUCUCACAUCACGGUACAGAUAAAGGAUGAUCACGCCUGCACGUACACUGUCGGCUUUUUAAUAUUAGUCCUCAGGUGGAAUUAUUAUGAUUAUCACAACAGGGUUAACUACAAGGUCACCGAUGGGUACUGCCCUUCUAAUAGACUGACAAUCAUACUUCAGAGCUGUUCAGAUGGUUUGGCUGUUUGGUUGUCACGCCACACUUGCAUUCCUUUUUAUUUGUCUAUACUCCCUCACCAUCCUUAAGCAUUCCCAGUUUUUAUUUGCUGAACGAAAGGCCUGUUUGAAUGGAAUCAUACUUGAAAUUAUAUUAUCUGAACACACAUUUAGACUGUUCACUUUUUAUAGGAAUGCAGCCUUUAAAGACAUUACAGGGUUAAAGAUGUGAUGAAGCCAAGAUUCUGUCGGGUAUCUUCUGUUUGGAGGUACUCAUCUGCAGCUUUAAGCCCACUGUCAAAACUGGGACUAAUUGUCUGCUAAAAAUGCUUUAAUAUAUCAUGAAGAACUGCUACUUGCUCUGUCAUAUGUUACCUGAUAUCCUUCGGUGCUGCACAUCUUUAAUGGUUUCAAUCAUUAAUCAUUUCUUAAGGGGAGCUGUAAUAAUGUAACACUGGUGGAUGAAUUCUGCUGCAGAUGUUUAACCGAACUCACUAGAUACACUAACAUAUCUAAACAUAGGAUGUAGGGUAUUUCUUGUAUGACAAUAUCUGUUUUGACUAUUCAUAUUAGAGCCUAUUUUAAGGUGAAUGGAGGAAUGUUAUAUUUUGCUCUGUGUUAGUCAAACAAGAUAUGUGGGGGAAAGGAGAUAAUCUGUUUUUGUUUUUUAUUUACUGUCAAGCAGAAUAAGGGCCAAAUAUUUAUCUUUGUCAUUGUACAAUAUAUAAAGUUAUGUUGUUUUUAUUGUCUGUAUAGCAAACUUUUAUUGCAUGGAAAAAAUAAAAACCUAAGAAGCACCA